UAUGGAUUAUUCUAUUUAUAGGACAUUUGGACUAGAGGAAAGUACAGAGAGACCCACGACUCAGAAGCCAAAGAAACAUCCCAGUCGUUGCAAACACAAGUGGAUGUGCAAAGAUUACCCUGAGUGUCCAAAGUGGCAUCGGACUGCUCUGAGACUGGUCAGCAUUGCACUGGUUAUACUUGUUGCUGCAGUGAUAGGACUAACUAUUUGGGUAAGUAAGCUACGCUUACGUUCCUUCAGUGAUAACCACUGCAUGAAGAUGUUUGAUAGUGAUAAUGAAACCAGAGCUUGCGAUUGUAUGAAUAUUCUUCCCAGGAAACGGCCCGGAGAUACAAACUCCCCAAAAAACCGUAGAUUAAACUUGUGCCCUAAUGGUUGGGUUCAGGAAAAUGGGAAAUGUUACAACUUUUUUUACACUUUUAAAUCAUGGAUCAAUAGCCAAAAAUCCUGUUUAAAAAUGAAAUCACAUCUUUUGAUGAUCCAAGACAAGGCUGAACUGGAUUUCAUACAAAACAAUAUACAAGAUGGAAUCUACUUUUGGAUUGGAUUAAAUAUUACACAUCCACAAAAGACUUGGACCUGGCUGGAUGGAACCCCAUUAAACCCACAGUUAUUUCAAGUCACCGGUGAGGCUGAAGACCAUGCCUGCGCUUCAAUAACAAAGAAGGGCGUUUUUUCUGAAAAAUGUCACACUCAAGGUUUUUGGAUUUGUCAAGACGUGAUUUCUUCUUCUGAUGACCUCUAAACUGAUCACAGGUGACCUAGUUAAAUGUCAUUUGGAGGAAUAUACUUUUUUGACCAUUCUGCAUUCCAGACAAAAGUUGGUAAAUAUUUUCAUAGCUCCCUGUACUUAUCUAAUCUUAACAUCUGUCAACAGUACCCUCUUUUUUGGCCAUUGUUUCCCUAACUGUUUUUUAGUGCA